CGCGCGGCGGGGCGGGCCUGGAGCCGAGGAGCGCCGGUUGCAGCCGGUGCCUCGCGCUGCGCUGCGGGCUGACGGGCGGGCAGGCGACGGGCACGGCUCGGUGAGGGGCUCGGUGUGGCGAGGCGAGGCUCGGCGCCGCGGCCAGGAACAUAUUACAACCAUCCUGUCCUUCUUCAGCUGCUUUACCUUGAGCAGGCCUGAAUGAAGACAAAUGUGAAGAUGGCAUGUCCAAGGAAUUUUAAAAGGUGUAGACCUCCUGACUGAGAGGUGCUGUAUAUUUCAUUCUCUUUAAUAAACUGCUGUCUCACAGGUGAAAGUCAUGAUCACGCUAACAGAACUCAAAUACUUAGCAGAUGCCCAGUCAUCCUACCACAUACUAAAACCAUGGUGGGAUGUCUUCUGGUAUUACCUCACCAUGAUAAUGCUGCUAGUUGCUGUGCUUGCUGGGGCUCUCCAGCUUACUCAAACCAGAGUGUUGUGUUGUCUUCCUUGCAAGCUAGAAUUUGACAAUCAUUGUGCCGUGCCUUGGGAUUUAGUUAAAACCAACCUUAACAUGUCUGCUAGCUCUACAGCACAGAUAAUCAUCCCGCUUAAAAUCCAGAAUGAUCUCCAUCGGCAGCAGUAUUCCUAUAUUGAUGCAGUAUGUUAUGAGAGACAGCUUCAUUGGUUUGCCAAAUUUUUUCCAUACCUAGUGCUUCUGCAUACCUUUAUUUUUGCAGCUUGCAGUAAUUUCUGGCUUUACUAUCCUAGUACAAGUUCCAGGCUUGAGCACUUCGUAGCAAUUCUUCAGAAGUGUUUUGAUUCUCCAUGGACAACACGUGCCCUCUCAGAAACAGUUGCCGAGCAGUCUGUGAGGAAGUUGCCAAUAGCCAAAUCCAAAGCAGUGAUUUCAUCACCUGGGAGUUCAGUAGAUAUAGGGGCUAGCAGACAGUCCCUGCCAUAUACGCAGCCUGGCUUGGAAACAACUGGAAGAGAAAACUCCUCAAGCGUUCUUGACAAAAAAGAAGGGGAACAAGCUAAAGCUAUAUUUGAAAAAGUGAAGAAAUUCAGAGUACAUGUUGAAGAGAAGGAUGUCAUAUAUAAAGUGUAUAUGAAACAGAUCAUAGUCAAAGUCAUUGUGUUUGUAAUAAUAAUAUUUUAUGUUCCCUAUUAUUUAUCCUUUAUUACACUUGAAAUAGAUUGUGUAGUUAAUGUUCAAGCCUUUACAGGCUACAAAAGGUACCAGUGUGUUUAUUCACUAGCAGAAAUUUUUAAAGUUCUGGCUUCAUUUUACGUUGUUUUAGUGAUCUUCUAUGGCUUAACUUGUACGUACAGUUUGUGGUGGAUGUUAAGAAGUUCACUUAAGCAAUAUUCUUUUGAGAAGCUGAGAGAGAAAAGUAACUACAGCGAUAUACCUGAUGUAAAGAAUGACUUUGCAUUUAUUCUCCACUUGGCAGAUCAGUAUGAUCCUCUUUAUUCCCAACGAUUCUCAAUAUUCUUGUCUGAUUUGAGUGAAAACAAACUGAAACAGAUUAAUCUGAACAAUGAAUGGUCAGUGGAAAAACUGAAAAAUAAACUAGUAAGAAAUUCCCAGGACAAGAUUGAACUUAACCUUUUCAUGUUAAAUGGUCUUCCAGACAGUGUAUUUGAACUGACAGAAAUAGAAGUCCUAAGCUUGGAACUUAUUCCCGAAGCCAAACUUCCUUCAGCUGUGACCCAGCUAGUCAAUCUCAAAGAACUCAACGUUUAUCAUUCAUCGCUAACUAUGGAUUAUCCAGCAGUGAGCUUUUUAGAAGAAAAUCUGAAAACAUUGCGUCUGAAAUCGAGUGAGAUGGGAAGAAUUCCCUUUUGGGUCUUUCAUCUGAAAAACCUUAAAGAAUUGUGCUUAACAGGAUAUUUCGUGCUAGAUCAUCACAACUCCAUUUACAAUGAAAGCUUUCAGGGACUAAAAAAUCUGAAAUCAAUUCACUUAAAAACCAACCUUUCCCGUAUACCUCAAGUGGUUACAGAUCUUCUGCCUUCUUUGCAACACUUGUCUAUCAACAACGAGGGAAAUAAAUUGAUAGUGCUAAAUAACUUAAAGAAGCUGGUAAACCUGAGAACCUUGGAAUUAAUCUGCUGUGAUCUAGAGCGCAUUCCCCAUUCUAUUUUUACACUAAACAAUUUGCAUGAGAUUGACUUAAAAGAAAAUAAUCUCAGAACAGUGGAAGAAAUAAUUAGUUUUCAGCAUCUUAAGAACCUUUCUUGCUUAAAACUCUGGCACAACAGCAUUUCAUAUGUUCCAGUGCAGAUUGGUGCAUUAUCAAAUCUGGAACAACUGUAUCUAAAUUACAAUAAUAUUAAAAAUGUUCCGUUGCAGCUAUUUCUUUGCAAAAAGUUGCAACAUUUGGAUCUUAGCUAUAAUAAGCUAACCUCUAUACCCGAAGAGAUCAGUUAUCUGACCAAUCUACAGUACUUGGCUUUGACAAAAAACCAUAUUGAAUUGCUGCCUGAUGGAUUAUUUCAGUGCAAAAAGCUGCAAUUUCUUCUUCUGGGAAAUAACAGUCUGAUGAAUUUGUCCCCUUGCGUGGGUCAGCUACUGAAUCUUGUUCAAUUAGAGCUUGUUGGAAACUAUCUUGAAUCACUUCCUGCUGAACUAGAAGAAUGUCAGUUCCUAAAACGGAAUAGUCUAAUUGUAGAAGAAAGGUUGUUAAAAACACUUCCACCUCGUGUAAGAGAGCGUUUGCAGACAUGCUCAGAUAAGUGCUAAGCUUGAAAUGAAACUCUACAUCAGUGCACCCUGUAAGCCUUUUCACUCAAUACUCUCUAAAGAUCUGUAUAGAUGGAGAGAAUAGCAGUUUACAGAUCAGUCUUAAACUUACAUGCAUUGAGCAGAGUUGAUUGUAGUGGAAAAAAAAAUUGUUUGGACUUGAACAAAACAUACAGCCUUUAACAGGUAAUCAUGUAUUUGUAACGUCUGAAAUAUGAAUUGCCGAUUUGAUUCUACUAUUUGAAAUAACUUAGUUAAAUGUUUAUGAUAGUAUUGGAAUGGAAGAGUUGAUUGCCUGGCUAUAGUGAGUGUGUGUAUAUACUUUUUUUUCCUAUGGGGGAUUUAUUUCUGUUGAUAGUGAUAAUUUUAAACAGUUUCAUCUCCUGCCAUAUGAGGCCUAAAAACUGUCUGGAAUUAGUUUUUAAAUGUGAACUCUUCACUAACUCAGAAUAUCUUAAAUUGAGAAUUUAAACUAUUUGAGCAGUUCAAUUGCAUGGGAUAUACUGAAAAUCAUUUUUCAAGAUACCUUAAUUUUUGAAGAUUUUUGACAAGUACUAAGCAUUAAUUUUAUAAUUGUGGAAGAUGCCAUUUAUGUCUUGCUAUUAAAACCAGUUGGGCAAUAAUAUCUGAAGUCAGUUUCAGUAUUUUUGUCUUAAAUAGCAAGUACAAAACGUUGCCUAGAAAUCGGGAGGAACCAGAAGAAUCUGGAAUAUCUGUUGUGCACAUGUACUAGUCAAAUUUUACAGUACUGAUUUUCAUAGAUAAUGAUGGCAAACAGAACACGAUAAGGUUAUAAAGCUGUCUUCUGUGUGUUGUGAGCAUCCCAGGUGUCAGUGUAAUGUAUGUUGCUAUUUAAUGUUUUUUAUAACCUCUCACUUACUGACUGCCUCAGUGCUUCUCCAUGCCCAGUUAUGGUAUUUUGGUGGCUGAGGAGAGGAAGAAAGAGGUAUGUGUUAGAUAGGAACUGAAAAACAAAGUUAAAACAAACCAAAUAAUCACACAGUUCAUAAGUACCUGGGAGUGAAAACCAGGAAAGCAUUAUAAACUUUGUCUCUUCGAGGGAUGGAAUAAUUUCAUAAUUAAUAGUGGUGAAAUAAGUUCUUAUGCCAUCCUUAAUAUUUGCAAAACUGGAUGGAAAUAAAAUGGUUCCUGACUUUAUUAAUUUUUCUGCUGUGCGCUGUUUUAUUGUACUUGAAGACUUAACUCUGCAGACAUUUAUUAUGCUCACUUAAGAAGUUCUGCCCCUGGAAAAAAAAAAAAAAAAAAAGAGCAUGCUUUCCAAAAUACACAGGUUUGAAAACUUGUAGUAUAUUAAAGUUUUCAAAAAAAUCUUAAUUAUAGUAAAAUAAAUGAGGUAAAUUGUGCUCUUAAAGACUUCAUUGUCAUCAAGUGUGCUAACUAUACAUUCCAGGUUGCAAUAACAAAUAAUCACAGAUAAGCCAGUUUUAGUAUUAGACUGUUUCUAGUCAUCUCUUGCUUCCAUUUCAGUGCCACUUCUGUGGAGAGUAAAGUUUAUUUUGAAUGAAAAUACCAAAAGUGAGUCUGAUCAACGUGGAAGUAGAUGUCUCUGCAGUAGCAGUGCAAGAGGUACCUCUUCAUUCACUGUACUGGUGGUAUUCCAAAGACCUCUGUAGUUAGAGCACUUUUCUUCUCAGGGAACCAAAAUGUGUAAUUAUUACGUUUUUUGUAGUUCUAGCAAUGGUUAGUAUAAGCUGAUUAGUUGUUUUUAUGUGCAGAUCAGUACAGUUGGAAUAGUCUUUCAUAGCAACCGUAUGUAGUUCUCCCAAACUCUAUUUCCGUCUAACUUUGAGUUGUGUAAUAAUUCCACAGGAAUUGACAUGGUUCAGAAACAGAGCCAGUCAUGGUAGAUGUGAUCGAUUAAACUGGAGUAUGCUGAUUUGCACCCCUGUGGCUGGAGCUUUGUUAAUUGCAGAUCUAUGUUAGGACGUUAUAAAUUAACACUGGGGAAUGUUUCAUGCCAUAAUUUGACACCUGAGACGUGUGGCUUAGUAAUUUUUUGAAAAAAUAAGCAAGUAUUUUCUUUAAAGCCUUUUUUUUGAAAUUGGCAAUCUGUAUCAAAAAUGUUGAAUAAGCAAGUAACCAUGUACGUGGUUUUGGCCAAUAACUUCAGUUUUUUAGCAGUGAAUCUGCCUUUUGCCACAAUCAACACAACUGAUAGGUGAGCAAAUCUUAAGUAUGCAUUUUAGAAUAGUUCUGUCAGAGUGAAAUAACACAAAACUUUGAAAGGUACUUCAUUUAUGUAAUGUGUAAUCUCAAGUCCUUUAGGAAAUGGUUUAAAAAAAAAUGCAUAAGUAUACAAACGAUGUUUUAUAAUUUAAGUAGUUUACAUUUUUUCAUUCAGACAUCUUUUUCAGUGUGCACCACCUUAGGAGGGUUGUUUUUUUCACUGUAUGUUUGAGUGUUUACAAGACACCCAGAGAAAAGCCAGAAGGGUUAAAGGCUAGAAUUUCUAGCCUUCCUUUCAAUCCACAGUGUGCCUUUUAUUAUCCAUUUUCUACCAUUAAGCCCAAUCCCUAUGUUUAGAAGUGAGGACGGAGACAAAUACAACCCUGAAUUUCUUGAAUUUAUUUCAGCUGUGACCUUAAUAUUCAGUAUUUCUUCAAAGAGAGGAGGUUUUCAGGGAAUCCAUCUGAAUACAUUGUCAUAAGCUUUAUACAAUAAGCGGUACUGGCAUCUAGUCUUUGUAUUAAACAAUGGCUUCCAAUCAAAAAAAGGCUUUUCAAGUUGUUUGUGUUGUGUUGUUGGAGAACUUUGUAUUGUGCCCUUCCAUAUCGUGAAUGCUUUUUAAAAAACAAAUUAAAUUUUUUUUGCAUUACAA